GACUCAAAUUUUCUCGUAGUCGCCAAGAACUUAAACAGCUGAAGGCAUGUUUGCAAAGUGGCUAAUAGCGGCUUCGAUCGCACUCUGCAGCUCGCCGAUGGUCUUUGCGGACAAUCCCUGUCUAAAAGGGCCACCGGUAGCCAAGAAUGCAGCGGAAUGUUGCGUGACACCGUCGCUGGUCGAACCGAGUGCAUUCAUGGCAUGCCACUCGAAGUGGAUCAGCCAAACGAAGCGCCAGAUGGCGAUGGAGGGCAUCCCGAGAGGUUGCUGUGUGGCCGAAUGCGUAAUGAACCAAACGGGACUGUACUCCGACGGAAAGAUCGAUCGAGCGGCGCUGACGGAGUUGUAUCUCGGUUCGGCCAAACCGUUGGCACCGGAGUGGAAACAGAUCACGCUCGAUGCCAUCGACGGUUGCUUCGGGAUGGCUGAUUCGAUAAAGGAGGAAAUUGAUGCCGGUGCCAAACUGACGCCUGCCUUCGAUGGUGAGCAGAUCUGUCAUCCGAUUUCCGGUACUAUUCUGGCUUGUAUGGGAAUGACGCUGUUUGCCGAAUGUCCCGCCAAGCUGUUCACCGUUAACGAUGCCUGCAAUCAGCUCAAGAGUUACCACAGCCAAUGUCCAUUUUUGUGAACAGAGCUUUGUACCGGAACAAUAAUUUAAAAACGUUUCCUUCUGAUAUGACAUUGAUUUGCUUAUGAAAUAUAU